CUUUGCAGGUGGGGGGGGGCGGGCCCUCGUAGGUGUGAGGGCAAGGACCGAGGAGGGGGCGGCCUCGCGCCGGACCCCGGUGGGAAGCACCCCCAGGGGUGACCAAUUGGCCGGGCUGACCAAUGUCCCGCGUCCCUAUUUUCCUUCCAAAGGGGGCAUCUCAGAAUCCUUCUGGUUCUUGGAAUGCAGCUGGCAGGCCCUUCUUCAGUUUCUCCUGUGCUGCAUCCUGCCUUUCCCACACUCCAGGCUCCCCAGGUGGUCUCUGCUGGGUCCAGGGCGCUCACAGCCCAAUGCUCCGAUGGGCAGUGAUUGCUGACCGCUGUGUGGGGAGGGGUGGACAGCAGGAGUUCAGGUGUGUGUAGAGGUAGAGAUAGGUUUCUAAUUACAGACGGAAUCGGGGUUCUAAAAGCCUACAAAUAACAGGGAGAUGCAGAAGUUGUGUGACCUGCCAGACCCAGGGUGGACUUCCAGAGAAGGUGUUCUUUUAGCUGGACCCCAAGGAGGAGGCAGAUAGUUUGGGCAGAGGAGGUAGUUCAGGCAAAGGCCCAGAGGGGUAAACUGAGGCCAGUGAAUGGAUUUCUGGGUAGAGCAUGUGGAGGUCCUUUGAGAUGGUGUGGGAGCAGGUCUCUUAAAGGAUGUGGCCGGUUUGGGGUGAUUGAAGGAAGAUGUUUCCAGGGAGAACAGGGGUGCAGGAAGAGGGGAGACACGCUCAGUCUGUCGCACAGGUGGGAGUUGCUCCUGGCACCCAGGAAGGAGGGCAGGGGGCUGGAGCCAUGCUCAGAGGCUGUGCCUGUGGGUGUUCAAGGGACCUCCAGCUUCUUGUUGGCCAUCUGCCCAGCCACUUUCCUGGUGGCCCCUGUUGGGUAGCAGGUCAUCUUUUAGAAGUUUUGUUGGCUGGAAAUAGGCUAGUGAGAGCCCCAAGGCAUAGGGCAUGAAAGGAAAGUGGUGUCUAAGAGAACGUGAAAACCAGAAAUUCCAUGGGAACACAGACCAUCCGCUACAUGUGUAUUCUAGCUCCGGAAUCUCUAUUGUCACUUUCUGGACAACAGUGUCAUCUUGUCUCAUAUCCUUAGGCACAUGGCUGCAUGUGGGGAAAGGGCCUGAGACAGGCGCUGGAGACCUGGGUUCUGGCCCAGCCUGGGCUCUUGUGCUCCCACCUCCUAUUUCCCCCAGGAAGGCCCUGAAGCCCUCGGGUCCCAUGGAAGAGGAAAGUUCUACAUAGACCCUUCUUCCUCCCAGACUUGGGGCCUGAGGACCAGUUUCAGCGGAGCCACAUCAGUGUCGGUGGGUGGUGGCUUUUCAGGGAGGCCAGGAACCUGCCAGAGUGCAGGUGAGAGCUGAGCCAGGCCAUGGGAGACUCUGGGAGGGAUGGGGGAGGUCCCUCGUCCUGAAACGGGUAUAGGGUGCCUUCUUCCUGACCAGUUGAGGGGGACAUGUGAGCAGUGCUUGUGAAGCUCUACAGCGGUGGUCGGCCAGCCAGCCCUGGAUGAACGUCAGUUGUGGCCAGUGGCGGCGGCAGUGCUUCUUGGUUUUGCUGGUUCCUGCCUGGUCUCCACCCCCUGUGCGUGGCGGUUCUCCCUGUCCGCCUGCACUAACCUGGUUCAUCUCUUCCCUGUCAGCAUUCCUGUCCGUUGGCCCUCGUGUUGACUGAGAGGCCGUGGGGGUCUCUGAGGUGCGGGCUCCCACAGGGCUGGGCUCUCGUUCCUGGUGGAGCAGGAGGGCUCAUGGAGGAGAGGGCUGACCUCUGGCCCCGGAGCAGUGCUGACUCUCCUUGUGCCCCAUCCUCAGCCACACCCGCGACAUCAGGUGCUUGAGAAUGCAUAGGCCCAGGGGCCGCGGCACUGAGGGGUGGAGUGUGGUUUUCUGUUUAAAGACUACGUUUGGGGGUGAACUGGAGGCCUAGCAGCAACUGAUGUCUGAUUGAGUAGAUUGGGCUGGACUGUAGGCUUAGUGGCAGCUGGGUCUGGCUGGUGUCCAGCUGGCGAGUGACCUGGGGAAGCAGUGAGUUUUGGGAGGGUCCUGCUGGCACCCAUGGGCAUCAGGGCCAGGAAGGCCAAGGUGGGACACUGUCCCAGCACGGAACCAGAGGGGCUCUUUGGGGAGGGCUCGCCGAGCAGCCCAACCUGUGGGUGGAGGAGCCCGAUCUGGGAGGGAGAGGUGGGCAAGCGCCAGUGGGUGGCACAGAGACCCUGAGGUCGGGCUGCUGGAGCGUGUUUCCUUCCCUCAGCGUCCCUUUAUUUUUGAGUCCCGGGACAGAGAACCUGCUGAGCCCUCACCAGCCCUGAGGGUGUACAGACGUGGGGCACACAAAUGUGGAGCGCACAGACGUGUGGUGUGCAGUCACGGGGUGCACAGACAGGGCCAAGGGGACCGGGCAGUGGAGUGCCAGGACCAGACGCCCCAGCGAUGACCAGCUCCCCUGUCUCCAGAGUCGUCUACAACGGCAAGAGAAACAGCAGCCCCCGGUCUCCAACCAACAGCAGCGAGAUCUUCACCCCAGCUCACGAGGAGAAUGUGCGCUUUAUCUACGAAGCCUGGCAGGGCGUGGAACGAGACCUACGGAAUCAGCUGUCAGGCAGCGAGCGGGGCCUGGUGGAGGAGUACGUGGAGAAGGCCCCCAACCCCAGCCUGAAGACCUUCAAACCCAUCGACCUGAGCGACCUGCGACGCCGGAGCACGCAGGACACCAAGAAGUCCUAAGGUGCCGGCACCCGUCUCUGAGCUUGGCCCAGCCCUGAUGGCCCCCUCCUCUCCUGCAGGCCAGCUCGGGGGUGCAGAGCGGCCGCGCACACAGCGAGCUCCAUGGGGCUCUGACUGAUGGCCAGGGAUACCCGCCUCCCAAGCCCUCCCUGCCUAUCUGGUCUCAAACUGCCCUGUUUCUGGGGUGUCCAGGCCCUCAGCCCCUGCCCCCUGGCCUAGCAGUGUCUUUGGAGCCAUCUGGCGGUCCCACCCCUCCCUUUCUGCCACUGCCCCCUGCCCCUUGCCACCUACUUGCAGGUGGAGUCUUGCUCGGGCUGGCAGGACUCGGCCGGCUCGAGUUGGGACAGGGCAGCCCCACCCACCCCACCAGGCCCUCUGUGGACCUCCGCUGCUUCCCCAGCCUGGGCACUCGGGCAGCACUGACCCCCAUAUUCUUGUCACACUGGCACUGGCCCUUUCAGGCAUCUCAGGCAACCAGGCCUGGCCUCCUGGUGUCUGAUGCCUGUGCCCCCCGUGGACAGGGGCGCCAGGCUGGCCCGAGCUGCUAGUGGCCCCAGUCCGUCCUGGCUCUGUGGGAUGCCUAGAGGGUCCCCAGGGCCCCUUCCUCCUGUGCCCUUGGAAGUGCAUGUCUGCGUGUCACCUGAGGGUUGGUGAAUAAAGGCAGGCACUGAACCAGCCUUCUGCACUCUG